GGGACGGUUUGUCAGGGGGCAGAGGACUGCCAUACUACCAAACCGAGGCAAGGGCGUCGGGAGGCAGAAGGUGCUGAGAGAGGCCGGUGCCUCCGCUCCGUCUGCCUGACAGCCAGCGGAAGUGACGUGCGAGGGCACGGAGCAUGCCGGGAGGCUGCCCUCCGCCGAGGGUGGCGGGGCUCCGAGGACCUGCUCGUCCCCGUCACGCCCAGACGGGAUGGAGAGGAGGCGGUCUGGGCUGGAGGAAAGGCGGGUCCAGAGCUGGGGGAGGCCGUGAGGGCCUGUGAAAAAUGGAACCAAACUCACUGAGGACCAAAGUUCCAGCAUUUUUAUCUGAUCUGGGAAAAGCCACCUUGCGGGGGAUCAGGAAGUGUCCCCGGUGUGGCACAUAUAAUGGGACCCGAGGACUGAGUUGUAAGAACAAAACGUGUGGAACCAUCUUUCGCUAUGGAGCACGAAAGCAACCCAGCAUUGAAGCGGUCAAAAUAAUCACAGGAUCUGAUCUGCACAUCUACUCAGUACGGCAGCGAGACAGAGGUCCCGAUUACCGAUGUUUUGUGGAGCUGGGUGUCUCAGAGACGACCAUUCAGACAGUGGAUGGUACCAUCAUUAGCCAGCUGAGCUCAGGACGAUGUUAUGUCCCCUCAUGUUUAAAAGCAGCCACUCAAGGUGUUGUUGAAAAUCAGUGUCAGCAUAUCAAGCUGGCCGUGAACUGCCAGGCAGAGGCCACACCUUUGACCUUGAAAAGCUCAGUCUUGAACUCAAUGCAGGCCUCCCCAGAAACCAAACAAACCAUCUGGCAGUUGGCCACAGAACCUACUGGCCCACUGGUACAGAGGAUUACUAAAAACAUUUUGGUGGUAAAAUGCAAGGCCAGCCAGAAGCACAGCUUGGGGUAUUUGCAUGCGUCCUUUGUUCAGAAAAUCAGUGCCAAGAGCAUGACAGAGCGCCGGUUCUUCUGCUCCUGCCAGACUCUGAAAUCAAACAAGUCAAACACCUCCAAGGAUGAGCUGGCCCAGAGAUGCAUUCACUUCUUUGCAUGCAUCUGUGCCUUUGCCAGUGACGAAACAUUGGCUCAGGAAUUCUCUGACUUUCUCAGUUUUGAUUCCAAUGGUCUUAAAGGGAUUAUUGUGCCCCAGUUAGGUUGUCAUUCAGAAUCUACAGCACAGAUUUGCGAAUCCACCACCUCUAAGCCAAAGAAGAGGAAAAGGGAUGAAGCAUCUGGUACACAAGCCAAUAGUCCACUUUUGGCUCAAGAUGCAGUGAGCAGUAAUCUAAGAAAAAGCAGUUUGAAAAAGCCUGCAGUCACCUCUUCAAUAAAAAGGCAGGCCUGCAAUCAGUUGCUAGAUGAGUCACAAGUGACUUUAUCCUUCCAAGAUUGGCUGGCCAGUGUCACAGAACGCAUCCACCAAACUAUGCAUUAUCAGUUUGAUGGCAAACCAGAGCCAUUGGUGUUCCACAUUCCUCAGUCCUUCUUUGAUGCCCUACAACAGAGGAUCUCUGUUGGAAGUGCAAAGAAAAGGCUCCCCAACUCCACUACAGCUUUUGUGCGAAAAGAUGCCUUGCCGCUGGGGACCUUCUCUAAAUACACCUGGCACAUCACAAAUAUCCUGCAGGUUAAGCAAAUCUUGGACACCCCAGAGAUGCCCUUGGAAAUCACCCGGAGCUUUAUCCAGAACCGGGAUGGGACUUAUGAGCUGUUUAAGUGUCCCAAAGUGGAAGUAGAGAACAUAGCAGAAACUUAUGGUCGCUUAGAGAAACAGCCAGUGCUCCGACCUUUGGAACUGAAAACUUUUCUGAAAGUUGGCAACACCUCUCCAGAUCAGAAGGAGCCAACACCUUUCAUCAUUGAAUGGAUUCCAGAUAUUUUGCCCCAGUCCAAGAUUGGUGAGCUGAGAAUCAAGUUUGAAUAUGGCCACCAUCGGAAUGGACAUCCAGCUGAAUACCAGGAACAGCGGCCACCAUUAGACCAGACCUUAGAGUUGACACCUUUGACUACCAUCACUUUUCCAUGAAGCAAAAGAACCUUUUGCUGCUGAGUUUGCACAUCCCCACUCCUUGGCAAUUUCAGAUACUCCUUAGGCACUUAGACAUUGACAGUUUCCUUAGCAAACUGCUUUUUGAUAGGAUGCUGUUUUCCAAAGCAUCCAAGCGAGUUAUGUUGAAGAAAAGUCUCUUCUUGUAAAUAGCAUGUUUUGGUGCUGCUCUGUGUGCUCUUUAGAUGAAUUGUGCUGUAUUUCUGCUGGGGUUUAAGUAUGGGGAGAAGAAACGUUCCCUUAUCUGGCCAUUUCAUUUAGAGCUUAUUUCUAUCUUUUUUUCUUAACAUUCUUAAGAAAUAAGUUAGCUAAAACUCAGAUCUUAACAUUUCAGAGAGUGUUGGAAAGAUAAUACCCUAGUUAGGAUGAAUGUAUUAUCAUUUUGAGCAUAAUGGCACGGCUCCAGUUAUGUUCUUUAUUCUUUUCUUAAAAUAAAGCACACUGUCACCCCUUUUCAAGACGGUAUUUUAUAUUGGUCCAUUUACAAAAUAAGAAACCUUCCCUUGGGUAGAGCUGAUAGUGAAAUAGGGAAAGGAAACAUAGAUCUUAGGAUUUCUAACCAAUAUGUAUAAAACUUCAUGCCCUUAAUAUUAGAUUUAUUUUAUCUUUUGUACCCCAACAUGUUAUUAGCCGGUAAAAAGCAGUUCUUGCCUCUGAGUUUCUCACUUAAUAGUAUAUUGAGAGCCUACUAUAUAUUCUGUAAUUGUUAAGGUGCUGUAGGAGAGGUCAUGGAGAACAUGCCUAAGUCAUAGUCCUUGCCCACUCCUAGCUUAAAGCCUUGUUGGGGAGAUAAGGCUAACACAUAUCAGAUGAGAGUAUACAAUACCAGAAGAGUUCAUACUUUCACUUUUCUUACCAAGAUCAAUGAGAGGCAGAAUAGUCAGAGAACGCUUCAAGGGGGAGGCGAGAUUUGCCAAGAUAUUGAAGAAAGGGUGGGAUUUGACUAGGUAGAGAUGGGAAAGUAUUUCAGGUGUGGAAAAUAAUAGAAGGCAGGCAGGGCUUGUUCAUAGGGCCAGUGAAGUUACGUUAGGAAGAAAUGAGAAAGUUUAUAUAGAGAAGGUAUGGUCAGAUUAUAAGAGGUAUUUGAAACCUAAACUCAGGCACGUUCAGGCAAAAUGGUAUAGCAAGUGGUUGGCUGUUAAAGAAUUUUGGGUAGAGAAACAUAAUGAAAGUAAUGCUAAUGGAUCUGAGCAUAGUAGGAUUCUGGAUAGAUUGAAGAGGUGGUCUUGGAAUCUGCCUCUUGGGAGAGGAAUAACUUUGGAGAUCUCAGGAUUGAAUCCUGGCUCUUCCUUACUACCUGUGUACCUUGGGCAAAUCACUUAACCCUUCUGACCUCAAGUUCCUCAUUAAAAUUAGAGAGUUACAUGUA